AUUUAAAUAAUAUUAUGUGGCACUUGAUUUGUAAUUAAAACACAGAAUUCCAACAAAUGCCAAAAACCUUUGUUUAAGGAUACAUUGCAGCACAAAUUCAAACAUACACUGAACCUGAGGUGUCUGCUCCGGCGGUAUGAGAAUCCUAAACAAAAUCGCCGCCGCAUCGCACUCUCCAUUCUCCGGGGGGCCGUUUACCGCCGCAAUCCAAAUCCGUUUCAAGAAGCCCGCCAACACAGCCCAGACCCGUCUAGAGACCCGAACCCUUGACCCCAAGCUCGACCGCCUCGCCUCCCACCACCGCCGCCUCCUCCUCGUCCUCAGCCUCUACGACCUCGUCGCCGCCAAGAAACGCGGCCCCUUCGUCUCCGUCAACCUCCUCUCCCGGUGGGCCCCGCACGCCGGCGUCGACACCCUCACCGCCGGCGAGCUCAUCCGGAAAUACCCGCACGUUUUCGAGGCGUUCACUCACCCGGUGAGAAGGAACGCGUGCUGCAAAUUCACUUGGAAAUUUGUUGAAUUGCUGAAGCUGGAAGACGAGAUCUUGCUUAAAAUGGAAGAUGCGAACGUGAUUAAGAUCAAAAAGAUUCUAGCCAUGUCCGAAAAUGGGAGAAUUCACAUCCACGCGAUCAGAUUGAUGAGAAGGGAAUUAGGGUUACCUGAAAAUUUUAGGGAUUCGAUAAUCAGGAAACGGACCGAGAUAUUUAGAAUGGUAGAUUUAGAGAUAGUGGAAUUGAUCGAUUGGGACGAGAGAGAGAAAGAAGGGGAGGUAAGCUUCACAGCAGAGGUAGAGAAAUGGAGAGAGAGAGAGUACAGAGAGAAAUGGCUGAGCGAAUUCGAGACGAAAUAUGCAUUCCCCAUUGAUUUCCCAACAGGGUUUAAGAUAGUUGCAGGGUUUAAGGAGAAGCUGAAGAACUGGCAGCGGCUUUCCUACAUGAAGCCUUACGAAAGCGCUCGUGUUCGCGUCCGAGCUCGCACGUGCGGAGGAGUCGAGCGGUACGAGAAGCGCGCGGUCGGAAUCAUCCACGAGCUCCUGAGCUUGACGGAGGAGAAGAUGAUGGAGGUGGAGAGGUUGGCGCAUUUUAAAAAAGAUCUCGGGAUUAUGGUUAACGUGCGCGAGCUCCUUUUGAAGCAUCCUGGGAUUUUCUACGUAGCUACAAGAGGCAAGAAUCAGAUUGUGUUUCUCAGAGAAGCUUACAAAGGAGAUUGCUUGGUUCAGGCAAAUGCAGUUUAUGAUGUUCGAAGAAAAAUGUUAGAGCUUAUGUUGUUGGGUUGUCGUAAUACUAGAGAGCUGAAAGACCAAGAUGAGGAGAGAGAAGCUGUUCCUCGAGACAAAAAUGGAAGAGUACCUGCUAAAGAUGGUGAUUUUGUCCUCCCAAUCUUGCAGAGUUACUUCAAAUGAUGAUGUUAUUGUUUUCAAUAGAUCUCUAUAUUUACU